AUCCUCCUCCAUCAAAUCAAAUCAAAUCAAAUCUAAUCUUGGGCUUAGCAGAGGAAGAGGAAGAUGGAGGCGGAGUUGGUGGAGGCAGAUAUAGUGGUUCCGAUGCAUCUGAGCUUUAAGAAGACACAGUCCUAUGAAAAGUACCCAAAGGGGCAGUCUCGAGGAAGGUGGAAGCAUCUCAAACAGAUCCUCCAAGCUGACCACCAUCCCUCCUUUUAUAUCAACAUCGAGUCGCCUCCAUCCACUCAACCAUGCAAGAGAAUUUGCGAUGUCACUGGAUUCGAGGCGCCAUAUGUAGACCCCAGAACAAACCUGCGAUAUGCAAACGCUCAUGUUUUCAAGACUCUAAGGUCACUCUCCACUCACCAAGCCCACCACUAUCUCUCCAUUCGCAAUGCCGCUCCUCUUCUCAAGUAGCUGUAGGAGUAGCCCCCCCUGCUGUCCUCUUGUUAUAUCAUUUUAUGCAUGUUGUUGAUAUUUUUAUGUAUUAUGCAACCACCCCUUUGUUUUCCCUCAAAGUAAACAUGCUAAUAAUAGUCGUUAAAAAAAAGUCGUUUAGUUC